AUGGCGCGAAACGAAUGGAUAAACGGGUAUUUAGAGGCGAUAUUGGAUGCAGGAACCGUGUUGGCGAGCAGCAAAGGGAGACUAGAGGAAGCUGCAGGCAAGGAGAGAAGUGAUGGUAAUCCUGAUGCUAUUAAGAGUAUGGGAAAAGAGUUCGAGGACAAGUUGAAUUUGGAGAAGUUUGAAGGUGGGAAAGAUAAAUCUGCUGAGAAGCUGUUUAGUCCGACUAAUUACUUUGUUGAAGAGGUUGUUAAUAGCUUUGAUGAAACUGACCUCCAUAGAACUUGGCUUAAGGUGAUUGCAACAAGGAAUACCCGUGCCCGCAGUAACAGACUGGAGAAUAUGUGCUGGCGUAUCUGGCAUCUUGCUCGUAAAAAGAAACAGAUAGCAUGGGAUGCUGCACAAAGGCUGGCAAAACGAAGAAUGGAACGUGAGAUGGGCCGAAAUGAUGCUCAUGACGAUCUUUCUGAACUGUCGGAAGGAGAAAAGGAGAAAGCUGAAGUGAUGAAUCAAUUGGAGAUGACAAUGGCGCCUGCAAAUUCUAUGGGAAAACUGGGAAGAGUUAAUUCGGAAAUGCAAAUUUGGUCAGAUGAGACUAGCAGCUCUAAGCAACAUUACAUUGUCUUGAUCAGUCUUCAUGGACUGGUACGAGGAGAGAAUAUGGAACUGGGACGAGAUUCUGACACUGGUGGUCAGGUGAAAUAUGUGGUGGAGCUAGCCAGGGCUUUGGCAGACAUGAAGGGGGUGUAUCGAGUCGAUCUACUGACCCGACAGAUUACAUGUGCGGAUGUUGAUUCAAGCUAUGGUGAGCCGAUUGAGAUGUUGUCAAGUCCGUCUGAAGAUUCUGGUGGCUGCGGUGCUUACUUGAUCCGUAUCCCCUGCGGACCUCCUAACAAGUACAUUCCAAAGGAAUCACUAUGGCCAUAUAUACCUGAAUUUGUUGAUGGAGCUUUAAGUCAUAUUGUGAACGUGGCAAGAGGUUUAGGUGAACAGGUCGAUGCGGGGAAACCACUGUGGCCACACGUGAUCCACGGCCACUAUGCAGAUGCUGGGGAAGUGGCAGCACGCUUGUCAGGGGCGCUCAAUGUGCCUAUGGUCCUAACAGGGCAUUCCCUGGGACGAAACAAAUUUGAGCAGCUCCUGAAACAAGGAAGAUUCUCUAGAGAGGACAUCAAUUCUACCUACAAGAUAUUGAGGAGGAUUGAAGGUGAAGAGUUCGGAUUAGAUGCCACUGAAAUGGUGGUGACAAGCACAAGGCAGGAGAUAGAAGAACAAUGGGGCUUAUAUGAUGGUUUUGAUAUCAAAUUGGAGAGGAAGCUUCGAGUUAGGAGACGGAGGGGAGUGAGUUGCUUGGGGAGAUACAUGCCAAGAAUGGUGGUAAUACCACCUGGUAUGGACUUCAGCUAUGUCACAACAGAAGAUUCAUUAGAAGGCGAAGGAGAUCUUAAGUCACUAAUUGGCACGGGCAGAGCUGAAAGCAAAAAACCUAUACCUCCAAUAUGGUCAGAGGUGAUGAGGUUUUUUACAAACCCACACAAACCUAUGAUACUGGCAUUGUCUCGUCCAGAUCCUAAAAAAAAUGUGACAACUUUGCUCAAGGCUUUUGGAGAAUGCAAACCGCUUCGGGAACUAGCUAACUUGGCGCUAAUACUUGGUAACAGAGAUGACAUAGAAGAGAUGCAUAACAGCAGCUCAGCUGUUCUUACCACAGUACUGAAGCUCAUUGACAAGUACGAUUUGUAUGGUCAAGUAGCCUACCCAAAGCAUCACAAGCAGACAGAUGUCCCAGAGAUAUAUCGCCUAGCUACAAAAACCAAGGGUGUGUUCAUCAACCCAGCUCUUGUGGAACCAUUUGGUCUCACUAUCAUAGAGGCAUCAGCUUAUGGUUUACCCGUUGUUGCCACAAAAAAUGGAGGCCCUGUGGACAUACUAAAGGCACUCAAUAACGGGCUUCUUAUCGACCCUCAUGACCAGAAAGCAAUAGAAGAUGCUCUCCUAAAGCUUGUAGCGGACAAAACUCUUUGGCUUGACUGCCGGAAAAAUGGCCUAAAAAAUAUCCACCGCUUUUCAUGGCCAGAACACUGUCGCAAUUAUCUCUCCUACGUGGAACGAUGCAGAAAUCGCCAACCCACUACUCGUCUCGAGAUCAUGCCAACUAUUGAAGAACCGAUGAGUGAGUCCUUACGUGAUGUUGACGAUCUCUCUUUGAGAUUCUCCAUUGAUGUAGACAUGAAGGUCAGUGGAAGUGGAGACCUUGAUGGAGCGAGCAGAGAGAAGGAACUUAUCGAAACCUUAACUCAAAUGGCCUCCUCUAAUGGAAAGUCCAGCGGUAGCUACUUCCCAGGAAGAAGGCAAGGCCUGUACGUAAUUGCAACUGACUGUUACAACAGCAGUGGUUCCUGCACCGAAACCUUAUCAUUAGUCAUCCAGAAUGUUAUGAAAGCUGCAGGCUCCAAGACAGGCCAGAUAGGUUUUGUCUUGUUAACAGGUCUAACUUUACAGGAGACAAGGGAAGCUUUUAAGACGUCUCAAUUGAACAUAGAAGAUUUUGAUGCCCUGAUUUGUAGCAGCGGAAGCGAAAUGUAUUUCCCAUGGAGAGAUUUAGUAUUAGAUAAAGAUUAUGAAGGCCAUAUCGAGUAUCGGUGGCCAGCAGAAAAUGUUAGAUCGAUGGUGAUGAGACUCGCUAUGAUAGAGGAGGAUACGGAGGCUGAAUCAGUGCAUUAUAUGAGUGCAUGUAGCUCCAGAUGUUACUCUUAUAGCAUUAAACCAGGAGCCAAGACUAGAAGAAUUGAUGAUUUACGCCAAAGGUUAAGAAUGAGGGCCUUUCGUUGCAACCUUGUCUACUCGCAUGCUGGAUCGAGAUUAAAUGUGAUGCCUUUAUUUGCAUCAAGAGCACAAUCACUACGGUAUCUAUCAGUUAGAUGGGGCAUUGAAAUGUCUAAAAUGGUUGUCUUCGUGGGGGAGAAAGGGGAUACAGACUAUGAAGACCUGCUUGUUGGACUCCACAAGACUGUUAUCCUUAGAGGGUGUGUAGAAUAUGCAUGUGAGAUGCUCAGAAGCGAAGACAGCUUUAAAAGGGAAGAUUUGGUCCCCAAAGAUAGCCCAACCACUGCCUACGCAGAGGGGUAUGAAGCCCAAGAUAUUUCCACAGCUCUGGAGACUGUUGGGAUCAUGUGAUGGGUUAUUUUCACUAUUCCAAUAACGUUCUUUUCUCUUCUAUUGCAUUUCUGUAAUUAAUUUCAGGGAGGAGGGAUGUGGUGGAAGCUUAUAAUCGAUACAUUAAAUAGAAGGAACUAUAUGAUUUCACCAAAAACAUCAGAAUUCAGAAUUUACUUUGUAUACGUAGGUAAUCAGGUCUGCUGAAAAGCUACUUAUAACUUCGAUCUUUAUGUAAAUAACAGGCAUCAAAAUACUACUUUGAUAGUUUGAUGAA